AUGGCCAACUCCGCCAAGGCCGCGCUGCUGCGCUUCAUCAAAUGGCUCGACUCGCCCUUGGGCCACGGCGUCUUGAAAUGCACAUUGGCCUAUACCAUCGCCAGUCUGGCCACUUUCCUCUCGCCGCUGUCGAGCUUCCUGGGCAAGCCUGACGGGAAACAUGUCGUCGCAACAAUCACCGUCUACUUCCACCCGGCGCGGUCGACCGGUUCCAUGAUCGAAGCCGUCCUGAUCGCCGUCGUUGCUGUCGCGUACGCCGAGCUCGUUUCGAUACUCUCCAUGGUGACCUCGGUCUUUGUCGGCUCUGUCAUGGGUCUCGUCACCUUGGCACACGUCUUGGUUGUCAUCAUCUUCAUUGGCGGCGCCUUUGGCUUCAUGGGAUGGGUCAAACAGAAGAUGGCGAACCCUCUGGUCAACGUCGGCAGCACUCUGGCAUCGCUUGCCAUCAUUUCCGUCGUUACGAAAGAAAAUGCCGUCGUCUCCAACGUCUUCUCGAACCAGAAAAUCGUCCAAGUCUUCAAGAUGCUCAUCAUGGGCAUCACGUCGACCGCCGCUGUCAACGUUUUGGUUUGGAGGGUCUCUGCCCGCGACUUGUUAAGGACUUCCAUGGCCAAGGCAACCGUCUCCCUUGGGGGCAUGCUCUCUUCCGUCACCGCGACCUUUCUCAAGGGGGUGGAAGAAGGAGAGAUGUCUGCUCAAUUUUCUGCGGCUUCGGCCACCUACAACACCACAUAUCCGCAAAUGCUCAAAAACCUGCGAGAGGCAAAGUUUGAGGACUACCUCCUCGGCCGCGAGAAGAUAUAUGUUUUGCAGAGAUCCACAGUCAAGGCCAUCGAGACCCUGGCUCGCUCCAUCGGCGGCCUACGCAGCGCGGCUAAUACCCAGCUGUCCCUCCUCCAGCAAGCCGAAUCGGGUGAUGCGCUGCCGCCAUUAACACGAUUCUUAACAGUUUCGUCACUUGGCGACUUCGAAGGCAUAUCUCCUAGGAGUUCCAGUCCGAGAGCUAUCCAAGUGGCGAGCAGACCUAAUUCACCAGGACGGCGACCAAGCAAUGCGACGCAAGAGGAUGGCCCUGCGCCGGCAGCCGUCUUCCAUCUAUUUGUCGACUUGGUGGGCCCCUCGAUGAAGGCACUAACUCAAAGCCUUGUUCAGAUUCUUCAAGAGUCGCCUCUAGGAACUUCCUCCAAUUUUGAAGUUACCAUCAGCGAGGAUCUUCGGCAUAAUCUUACAGAGGCGCUCGGCGAGUUCAACGUGGCGAGGUCCAAUGCCUUGCAGCAGGUGUAUACCAUGAUUGAACGAGAAAAGUCUACUUCGAGACGGAUACAGGCUGGUUUGGAGGAGAUUGCCGCUGCCUGUGGCCAUUUUAGCUUCAGUUUGCAGACAUUUGGUGAGGAAAUGCAAAAAUAUCUGGACGUGCUUGAUGAUCUAAAGUAUGUUAGUGAACAUACCAAACGAAGUUGGCGCUGGCUUUUCUGGUGGAGGAAAGAGGACGGUACUACACAAGGACGUAAAAUGUCGAGCCUACCGUUCGAAGCUUCACUGGAAGCCGAGAGCCUGAUCAAGCCGAUCCGGAAGCGCGAUGUUCCUAGGGGGAUUCCUGAUUCCAUGAUCCGUCGCAGAGACACUUAUAACUGGCAAGCAUCGCCUGAUUCCAGCAAGAUAUUGUCCAUAAUUUCUCAGUCUAUCAUGAGAUUCGCUAGGAAAAUUGCCCGAGACGACAUAUUGUUUGGUCUCAAGGUGGGUAUUGGCGCUUCGCUUUGGGGAAUGCUUGCCUUCUUAGACGAGACUCGAGACUUUUAUAAUCAUUAUCGCGGCGAAUGGGGACUUUUAUCGUUCAUGAUUGUUUGCUCCAUGACUGUCGGUGCUUCCAAUACAACCGGCUGGGCUCGGUUCCUGGGAACAUUUUUCGGUGCCUUCUUCUCCUUGUUCAAUUGGACGGUAAGCCAGGGUAAUGCAGCGGCGCUCAUUAUACUUGGAUGGCUGGUCAGCUUCUGGAACUUUUAUCUCAUUGUCGCCCGAGGCAAAGCUCCGUUAGGUCGCAUGACCAUACUGGCGUAUAACGUGUCAACACUCUACGCAUAUAGCUUGAGUCAGCGAGUUGACGAUGACGACGACGACGAGGGUGGACUGCACCCGAUUAUGAUGAAGAUUGUAAAGCAUCGUGUCAUAUCGGUCAUGGCGGGUAUUCUUUGGGGACUGAUCGUCUGCCGUGUUAUUUGGCCAAUCUCGGCUCGCCGGAAGUUCAAAGAGGGAGUUUCUAUGCUUUAUCUUCAAAUGGGUCUCAUCUGGCGGCGAGGGCCACUGGCUAUCUUGCUCCGCACUGAUUGUUCUGAGAGUUACCUUAAAUCCGGUGAGCAAGUGGCUAUGCAGCGGUACGCCAGUCGCCUAGAAAGUUUGCGCCAAUCAGCCGCAUCGGAAUUUGAGCUUCGCGGCCCCUUUCCAUUUGAGACAUACGGCCGCAUCAUGCGCAGCACCAAUCGUAUCCUAGACAGUUUCUACGCCAUGAGCUUGGUUACGCAUCGUGAGGGGAGCCUUAGUCCAGGCGAGCGAGCCCUGCUAGAAUACACAGCGAUGGAGCGAGCCGUCUUGUGCGACCGCAUAUGUCACGUCUUCCAAGUGCUCGCCAGCUCCAUGAUGCUGGAGUACCCUUUGACCGACGCGGUUCCCAGCGUCAUUGGCAUCCGCGAUCGGCUGCUCGCCAAGAUUUUCCAGUUCCGCAAGGAACACUCACCCGAAACUAUGCGAAACCUCGGCUUCAUCCAAGAGGGCGAAGACGAGAAUGGCGAGAGCAGCCGUGACGCUAUUGCUGCUGCUGCUCGCAGUAGCGACACACAAAUCGGCCUUACGAUGGCCGAGGAGAGGGACUACGCUCUCAUAUACGCAUACACGCUUGUUACGGGCCAGGUGGCACAGGAGCUGAAGAUUGCCGAGAAGGAAAUUGAAAGUUUGUUUGGUAUACUCAACGAAGAGUCACCACUGCUUGUAUAG